CUCCAUCUCUUCGCUCCAGCGUUUGUCUUCCGUAUUACGUUUUUUUGCAGAGGGUGGGUACCAGCAUGGAGUGGGAAAGGACUUUGACAUUCCCAUGGCUCAAUCCACAUUUUGUGGCGUAUUAAAAGACGUGUUACACACUCUUCAAUGUCACCUAUGUCCUCAGUGGGUGAAUCUGGAUUUAAGCAACGAAGAAAAAAGACAAGCAAAGAUGGACUUUUAUCAAAAAUAUGGAUUUCCUGGUGCGAUUUUAUGUGUAGACGGAACACACAUUAAAAUUGUUGCGCCAGCUAAGGACAAAUUCCUGUAUUUUAAUCGUAAAGGGUACUAUAGCAUCAAUGCUAUGAUUAUAUGCGAUAAUAAAAUGAGAAUUCGCUACGUGAAUGCGCAGUAUCCUGGCAGCAACCACGAUGCUCAUAUUUGGAACGUAAGCAGCGCGCGAAAUUUUUUUGAAAAUAAAUACCUAAACGGCGAACGAAACACUUGGCUUUUGGGUAUGUGCAUACACAUAUAG